UUGAUUCUGAGACCAGCAGGACUAGCCCAUUCUUCCACUCCUAUGUUAUAUUUCCAUUGUUUCAAGUCUAAAUUUUUCGUAAUUACCUGUUUACUCUGCUAUCUAGAGGUGUCAUCAGCUAAGUUGGUAGUUGUUUAUAUUCCACUUGCAAGCAAUAGACGAUAUUAGUGGUGACAUCAUCAUAGCGAUUCUCCAUUAUAUCGAAUUGGAUCCAUACAAUAACAUUGGCGUAAUCUCUUUCAAUGCUACUACUUAAUGCGAAUAAAUCGAUAUAUACAUAUUGCUUUAUUGUGACGUGCCACUAAUAGCAUCACUAUAGGGGAUUGAUGGCAGCCUGAUCGUGAGCUUAGUCAAUCCUUGAUUACUGUAGGACGACUACACUGUAGUUGCUUGUGUAUGUUAUGUAUUCAAGUGCCAACUUAGCUGUUGACACCUCUACCUCAAGUUAGCAGUAUUACUUCUGAUAGUUUUACACAAGAUUGUACUACCUCUUGAAGGCUGAAAGUUAUUUGACCAAUUCCAUCUACUCUCCACCGUCAACCCCCUCUGGUAUUGAAUUGUGCAACACUCAAGAAUCUUUAUUCUUGGUGCACAGUGUACUCUCCGUUUUUAAUUGAUCAGAGUGGGUAUGUAGAGACCUAAAAUUAAUUCAACAAGAACUAAAGCAUUUUGCCCUAUACUUUGUAUCUUUGUAAACUUUAUUUGAGAGGAGUUAAACUCCUGUUUGAGGUAACAACUUCAGCGGUAAUCUUACUGUAUCACCCUCCGCGCUGUACGACUGGCUAAAUGAUCUGCUAUAGACUGUUUACACAAGUAAAAGUAGUCAGCAAAAAAUCGUUUAGUCUGUUAGUGAGUGGUAUUAUUUUUGGAAGGUUGCUUUUGCAACAAUUAAAAACCUGCUCAUCAUAUUGCAGGUACUUGAAAAAAAGAAGCCCAAAGAAUUUUGUUGCCUCCUUCCUAAUGUAGAUGCCUCCUUUUUACAGAUUUAAAAACAUAUCAAAAUGGCGCCAGAGCCACUGGAUAUCUCUGAGCAUGAGUUGCUCUUCAAAGCAACCAAUUUAUCCAAACUGGCCUCCAUAGAUUUGUCUCAGUACCUGGAGGCAUACAUGAGGAAUAUUAGAAAUCUCUACAAUAACUCCUCAGCGGUAAAAAAAAUGAAUUUUGCUGAAGCUGCGAUGGUGAUUCAGAAUUCAUCGAUUAUCUUUGCCAAGAAUGUCGACUCAAUUUGGGCAAGAGCUAUGAACAUACGGCUUGCUUUAUCUGCUAUUAUGAACCAGAAAAAAAAUAACGAUGAUGAAGACAAUGAAGAUUGUGAUUUUGGAACUGGCGAAGAAGGUGCUAAGCAAAAAGAAAAAGCUAAGAAGAAGAAGAAAAAGAGAACGUUUAAUGUUGAAGAAUUUCAACUCCCCCCUUUUCUCAAUACUGAUAAAAAUAUUGAUAUGAAACUAUACGAGAAAGAGGAUAAACUAGCAAAGCUAUCAGAUAAACUUGUCCUCCCCACCUCCUUGCGAACCAAAAGUGGUUAAUAAAUCGAGAGAUAUUUUCACAUCUGAAGGAGAAGCAGUCUGGAAAAUGGAUGAAUUCAG